UGCAACUUCGUGCUUUGGCGGAAAAGUGUGUGUGACAUUCUCAGGGUAAUUUAUGAGCGUUUAUGUACCGUAAACAAGAAUAAGCGAAGAAAAUUGUUUCGGGAAGUAGUUUAACACGGUGCUUCAUUCUAUCACAAUAACAGUUGCGUCUGAGUCUAAUAGUUCGCGAUAUGUUGUGAUGUCGCUGUGAUAGCUAUGUUUGAGGCUGCUGCUAUUUUUAUUAUUUUUUUUAUGGGUUAUCUUCAUAGCAGCCAAAUACUUGAGUUAUUUGUCCUUGUUGUUUUUGGUGUGUCCGAUAAAAUCGCUACCUUUAUCUUGGUAAAAGAAACGGCUGAGAUUGUGACGUGUUGUCAGGAGCAGUUUGUCUAUGCAGUGAUCUCCACCAUCAUCUGACCAGAAAAGGCGGACAGUGAAGUUCAACCAUUCGCAAUACUGUAGAACUGAAGCCAUGGACCAGGAGCCAACUAUGUGGAUAAAAAAAGAGGGAACAGAUGAAGUACAUACUGAGUUAUGCUUCAUGGCCGAAGUGUACCCAAUCAGCAUGAAUGUAAAAGAAGAGUUGGAGGAGGGUGCGAAGGAAGAGUUUCUUGAAGACCCAUUAAAGACUGAUGGCCCUACUCUUUUGGUAAAUCAAGAUCCCAAACUGAAACAAAAUGCUGUUGGAUCUGAGCAUAAUUCUGUUAGAGAUCCAUUGGGAAUAUCUUGGUCCACUGAUUUUAUCAAGGAGGAUCCUGAACUAAAUUUGGAAAUGAAUGUAACAGAGAAUAUUGUGUUGUUCACGUACAUGACGAGGCUUCGAUGGAGGAGGCUGAUAUGAAAUUGUGGAGUAACAGUGUGUUGAAG